CCUGGGACCGCCUCCGAAUCUCAACAUUCAAGAGGGGGUCUAUCUCACCAUUCUUCUUUAUCUCUCUUCGUCUGUGCAACCACUCCAUCUAAAGUCUCGUUCUUUGCCUGAGGAAAGAAACUCUGGUCUUCCCAUUUUGAAGGAGGAAAGCUAGGAGCAUAUAUCACUGCCUCAAAAAACAAUUCCAAUUUUCUGCAAAUGGCAUUGGUUGUAAUCUGUGGGCAACCAUGCAGUGGGAAGUCAACUGCUGCACUCUGCUUAGCGGAGGCUCUCAAUGGCACAGAAUCCAAACCUACAGUCAGAAUCAUUGAUGAAACUUCCUUUCAUCUUGAUCGGAACCACAGCUAUGGCGACAUGACUGCAGAGAAGAAUUUAAGAGGGGUCCUUAGGUCUGAAGUUGAUAGAUCCUUGUCAAAAGAUAAUAUUAUCAUAGUGGAUUCCUUAAACAGCAUAAAGGGUUACAGAUAUGAAUUAUGGUGUUUGGCUCGUGCUGCAGGAAUAAGAUAUUGUGUCCUUUAUUGUGAUGUUGAAGUGACCCAUUGUAGAAAAUGGAACGAAGAACGCAGAGAGAGAGUGGAAUCAUCAUACAAUGAUAAGAUAUUUGAUGAUUUGGUAAGAAGGUUCGAGAAACCAGAUAGAAGAAAUCGAUGGGAUUCACCUUUGUUUGAAUUAUGGCCAUUUAAAGAUGGUGUAGAAAAAUCUUCUCCAGCCAUUGUCGAUGCUGUCUUGUAUCUUACGAAAAAGGUGGACUCGAAAACAAAGGAUGUUAGAGUUUUGCUGCCUACAAUUGCAACACAAACUGCACGGGUUUCUGAGGCAAAUUCUCUUUAUGAGAUGGACAGAGCGACACAAGAAGUCAUGAGUGCUAUCAUGGAAGCCCAAUCCCGGGCAAUCGGGGGUCCUGUGAAUAGAAUUACUCUUGGCCAUGGACUACCAACUGUCAAUAUUUCAAGAGCAGUUGGGCUGCCGGAGCUACGUAGGCUGCGAAGAACUUUCAUAAAAUUGGCAGGCCAAUCGAGCUUAAGUGGUCCACCCCCACCUUCCGAUGCAGAGAGUGCAAAGAGGAUGUUUGUGGAUUACUUGAACAGAGAAUUAGAAACUGCUUGACAGCAGAAGAUCUGUGCGAUGUCAGACUUCUGAAAACUAGAGCUUAAGCACGGGCGGAGCUAUGCAUGAAGUAGAACGCACUGAACCUUGAAUUUUUUUUUAGAAUUAUGUAAUAUUAUAUAAAAAUUUUGAGAGGUUUUCAUGAAUUGAUACUAUUAAAAUUGUUCAAAAAAAUAGAUUU